AACAACUUCACAUAUCCCAGAAAAAGAAAAAGAAAAAUAUGGAAAGCAGUACCAGUGCACCGCCGGCAGCAUCUUCAGUCCUCUUUGCUCGGGGGGUUAUCGCCCGUCUCGCCAUCUGGGCAACCCUCCGGAUCGCAGUCCAAGAAAAUUGGGGUGGGGCUCACGGCGCGGAAAAGCGAACCUGGCUCGCCUCAGUCAUCGUAGACGCGUUCGAAGACCAAGUCCCCACGCCCGACGACCAAUACAUCGAAGAGAUGCUCCUGCAAGUGAUGGCAGACGAGUUCGAGGCGGUGGUGGAAGAUGGGAGUGCUGAGAGCGUCGCCCAGGAUAUUGUGAAGAUAUGGGAUCAGACGAGGAUUGGGAAAGACGAUCUGGUGAAGAAGUUUGAGGAGUUGGCGGAGAAGGUGAAGGGGAAGAAGGCGAGUGCGCAGGAGAAGGUGGUCAGUGAUGAUGAGGACGAGGGUGAUUGGGAAGAUGAGGAGGGGGAUGAAGAAGAUGAGAUGGAGGAAGAUGAAGCCCCGCAACUUAUGCAACCUCCUCCGGAAGAGCGUAAGAAGGAAGGGCCUGAGGUAGACGAAGACGGAUUCACGGUGGUGAGAGGCAAGGGGAAAGGUAGAAGAUAACAUUAAUUAUACUCCGGUCACCAAAAUGACAAUUUUCAAGGCUAUCC